AUGGAGCCCGACAACGGACAGACCACCGAUGCGGGCCAGGUGUCCGCAGAGGUGAGCCACGGCCUGCAGGCCAUCCAAGCGUUCCAGACGCAACACAAUGCGCGGGCCUACCUGCCAGGACCCUCGCUGGCCGACUCCGUGUCCACGGCCUUCUACUUCCACUUUCGUCUGCCCUACUUCGGGCAGCGUGGCUUCCGGAGGCGGCCGGAGGUGGAGGGCGACGAGGUCACCGUGGCCGAAGGCGUCGAGGAGGGCGCCGGCCACUACGUGUGGCUCACCUACGGCCAGGUGUGGCGCUACUUCACCUCCUUCGGGUCUGGCCUGGCCCAGUUCGUACACAAGAACGACUUUGUAGGGAUAUGCGGCAGGAACAGCAUCGAGUGGGCAGUUGCAGACGACGAAUCGCUCGAAUUCAUUUUGAACCAAACCGAAAUGCGCUGCGUCGUUUGCGAACACUCACAGCUUCCCAAGCUGGGCCGCGUGAUCGGCAAGUGCCCCUAUUUGAAGCACGUUGUCGUGAUGACGCCGCCCGAGGGGAAAGACGACGAAAAGGACCGACUGGUGGAGUCCUUCCUGCACGACGCAGCGCCGCAUGGCGUGCAGGUCCACGACUUUGUGGCCGUCGAAGCCCAGGGCCACCGUGAGCCGAAGGAGCAGGUGGAGAGGGCUGCCACCGAUAUUGCUACCAUCAUGUACACGUCCGGCACCACCGGCAAACCCAAGGGCGCGAUGAUGGAAGACAACAGGUGGAACCGGUUCGUGACCAAGCCCUACCUGAUGCCCACGCCCUCGGUCACGCUGUCCCACGGACCACUGGCGCACGUCCAGGAGCGCCAGAACUUCUACAUCACCAUGUGCGUCGGCGGCCGGAUCGCCUUCUUCGACCAGGACAUGAGCCAGCUGUUGAACGAAGCGCAACUGGUGCGACCGACGCUGUUCAGCGCCGUGCCUCGCAUUUGGAAUUUCAUACAUUCAGAGUACCAGAAGGCCCUGGACAUCGCUGUACAGUUCGCAGAAAGCCAACCUCGGGAGGAGAUCGAAGCGCAGGUGCUGGCGCGGUUCCGCGGCUGCCUGGGCGGUCGGCUCGAGUACAUCGUGACCGGCGGCGCGGCCACCUCACCCCACAUCAUCGGCUUCCUCGAAAGGUGCUUCCAGUGUCGGGUGUGGAACGGGUACGGCACCACUGAGACCGGUGGCAUCUCCAACGACAACGUCAUCAACUCCAGCGUCGCUGUGCGUUUGAUCGACGUUCCCGACCUGGGCUACACGACGAAGGACCAGCCCAAUCCGCGAGGCGAGAUCUGCGCCAUGACCGACGACAUCAUCAAGGGCUACUACAAGGACGAAAAGGCCACGAGCGAGAGCUUCGACGACGGGUGGUUCCGCACCGGCGACAUCGGCGAGCAGCUGCCCACGGGCCAAGUGGUCAUCAUCGACCGCAAGAAAAACAUAUUCAAGCUCUCCCAGGGCGAGUUCGUCGUGCCCGAGAAGCUCGAGAACGCGUACAUCGAGAGCGAGUUCAUCGACCAGGUCUACGUGCACGGUGGUCACACGCGGACCUACCUGGUGGCGGUGGUGGUACCGAACCGCGGGGUGCUGCACAAUUGGCUCAAUGGCAGCGCUGCGCCCGAGGCCAAGGACGACAUCAACCAUCCGCUCGUCAAGUCCAAACUACUGGAGGAGAUGCAGCGCAUCGCCACCAGGCUCAAUUUUGCGUCGUUCGAGGUGCCGCGCGCGAUCUACGUCGACGCGCAGCGGUUCACCGCAGAGAACUGCCUACUCACCGCCUCGCUCAAGCUGUGCCGGGGCAAGCUCGAAAAGCGCUACCAAGCCGAGCUGGCGAGCAUGUACGACGGGGCGGAGGAGGCCAAGGAGGACCAGUUUGUCGACCGUCAACCUGGUGUCGCUGGUGCGGGAGCGGUUCGGGCGCGACAUGCCCCUCGCGUGCUCUUCGCCUCGCCUACGAUCCGCGAUCUCGUCGGCUUUCUGCGCACCGGCCACAUCGGCAGCAGCAGCGCGACCGACAUCGGCCACGGCAGCGGCCGCAGCGACGAGCCGCACCCGGCUUGGGACGACCUCCAGCCCGACGCUCACCUCCUUCAGCUCGGCGACGCCACACAAGGGGUGGAAGGCGAAGCCGAGGAAUCGGGCCGGGAGGCGUUGCUCACCGGCGUCACGGGCUUCCUGGGCGUGCACCUCCUCCAAGCGCUGCUCCCGCACUACGCCCGCGUUCACUGCCUCGUUCGCUGCUCCGACGCAUCGGAUGGAAGGAAGCGGCUGGAGCGGGUGCUGGCUGAGCACUCGGUGGAGGGCAUCGACGCGGCGCUGCUAGACUCGCGCGUGGUGGUGUGGCCGGCCGACCUCGCACUCCCCUCGCUCGGACUCGCGCCCGGCGCCUUCGACUCGCUCGCCGGGUCGGUGUCGGCCAUCUACCACUGCGGCGCCGUAGUCAACUGGCUGCACCCCUACGAGACACUGCGCGCGCCCAACGUCCUCGGCACCCUCGCACUGCUCCAGCUCUGCACGACGGGGAGGGCCGGGAAGCGAUUUCACCACAUCUCGACGAUCGGUGUGGCCGAUGCACAGGGCGACGAGGACUCAAUGUGGCCGGCCGAGUGGCUCUCGGCUCUCUCCGGAUACAGCCUCAGCAAAUGGGUGGCGGAGCACUUUGUGCGCCAGGCAGCGGCCCGGGGCGUCGAUGUGCGCAUCUACCGGCCGGGCAUGGUGGCCCCGCACACGCGCACCGGGGCCUCCAACCCCGACGACUACCUCAACCGAUAUAUGGUAGGAGUGGUUGGCCUGGGUGCCUACAUCGAGGCCGAUGGAUUCUUCGACAUCACACCCGUCGACUACGUGGCCGCGGCGAUCGUGGCGCUCGGGGAGGCGUCGUACGGCGCAGCGGGCGGCGGCUCCCAGCCCGCGGGCCUCGUGCCGAGCUACCACCUGACCAACCCGCGGAGCAGCACCUACGCCCAGCUGGGCCAGUACAUCGCCGACGCAGUCGCUUCCCUGGCGCUGCCGCCACCGCCGCCCGCAGGCGACAGCCCAGUCACGAUCCGGGGCGCGUCCUACGACCAGUGGCGCGCUGCCCUCCUCCGCUCGAUCCGCCAGCGAAAGGAGGGGAAUGUGUUGUACGGUCUGCUGCCCUACUUCUCGGAGUCGUUCGGGGAACAGCUCCAGCGCCAGACCCGACCUUUCCCGUGCGAGAAGACCCUCCAGGUUGUGGCUGGCUUGGGCGAGGAGUGUCCGCCAGUCACGCGAGAGCUGGUGGCCCACUUCCUGGCUUCGCUUCACCGACGAGGCCUCCUCCCGUCCACUGCUGGCGCCUACCUCGCCUCUCCGCCGCAGCCAUGA